AUGGCUACUGUGCUUCACCCAGCCUCCAGUCUUCCCCAGAACACGUCAUCCAUCCCCACAAAAUACCGCACAGAAGUCAUACGAAAUGAGGAGAAGAGAGGGUUCUCUACUCAAACCAGGAGGUUCUGCUCUGGGGACAGUCUGAAUGAGAACCCUGGACCAGGCGCUUAUAUGUCCCACUCUUCCGCUGACAUCACCAGUCCCUCCUUCUCAAAAAGAGGUACCGGGGGGCUUGCCUCUAAGGCUGUCCGAUCCCCACCAUUGCCCUGGUGGCACACCCCCGCACCCAACGCCUACAGCCUGCCGUGUUCUCUGCUUCAGAAGCACAGCUUCAGCUGGGCCGGAACCAGCGCCUUCCACCCCCCCAUCGCCGUGGCAACGGGUAGCUUCAAGAACAAAACCCCCGCCCCCAACCACUACCAGGUUAAUUUCAGCGGGGUUGAGAAAAACACUGCGGUUUCUGCACAGUCCGUGUUUCUGUCUAGAACAGGAAGAAGUGCCCCACAUCCUGGCACCUCAGGAGGGCCUUCGCCAUGUCAGUACAGAGUGUCCGACAGCAUAACCAGGCCAGCUCCCCGGGUGCCCCUCUCCUGCUUCAAGUCGAGGUCCACCCGCACCCUCUCAUUGGUGAAGAGCCAGGUCCCGGGACCUGCUGCCUACAGCCCCCACAAAGCCCCAGAGCCCCCCAGGAGGACUGCCCUUCCGAAGGGCCAUUACCUGAGUAUUUCUGCUCCUGCCAUACCACUCCCAAAGACCCCGCCCCUUCCAGGACCUGGCCAAUACAACAUCACCAACUAUGAUGCCCUGCCCAAACAGCACAUGUCUAGCGCUGUGUUCAUGUCCGGGACAAGUAGAUGGAUCAGAGCGGUUCCAGGACAAGAUUUACCAGGCCCAGGUUUCUAUGACCCAGAGAAGUCACAGAAGCGGUCCUUCCUGUACAAUCAUUCCAACAGAUGGGUCCCUGCCUGA